GGAGACCGAGGCGGGCUCUGCAGAGGCCCGCGGCGUUGUCAUGGAGAUUAGCGCAAGGCUGGCGCAAGAGGUUCAGCACCACGGAGAGCGGCGCUCGGCUCCUGCAAAGUGGGACCCGCGGAAGUAUCAGCUGCUCAUUGUCAUCGGCGAUGUGAGCACGGAGAGUCAGCUGCAGGCUGUGCGGGAUCACCUGGAGCGGGGUAUUCGCUCGUGGAACAUAAGUCUAGAUUCCUGUGAUCUCAAUUACCAGCUGAAGUUGUUUGCUAUAAGGCAUCUUGCUCAUUUUUCACCAGAUGUGAAAGGGCAAAGGACUCUUCAGCACCGAAGCGAUGUCCUUGAGACGGUAGUACUGGUGAACCCCAAUGCCGACAGCAUUGUGCAAGAGGUACGCUCCUUGAUAACAGGCUCCUCUGCACACAAGCUUUUUAUUCUGAGUGGCCAGAGCUCUGAGCAGGAAGGUGAUUUGAUCCUGCAGACUGAGACCUUUACAUACCAGAGAUUUGAGGAGGUGUUCAGCGAUCCAGAGGUUUGUCAACAACUGAGUAACACCGAUCCAGAGACCAAGGCUUCUCUAACAGUGUCGUGCUUGGGAGAAGGAGACUGGUGCAAUAUUGGAAGUUCAGGUUUUCAAGACAUCAUUCAUAUAAAGCUCAAUCCUGAUCUUGCCUUGCCAGAGAUGGAUGGUAUUUCAGAGUUUGCAGACUAUGUUUCUGAGACAGUGGAUGUUCCUUCUCCUUUUGAUCUUUUGGAACCACCAAACUCUGGUGGCUUCUUAAAGUUGUCCAAGCCAUGUUGUUAUAUAUUUCCUGGAGGAAGAGGAGACUCUGCACUUUUUGCUGUCAAUGGAUUUAACAUUUUAGUGGAUGGAGGUUCUGAAAGAAAAUCUUGCUUUUGGAAACUUGUGAGACAUUUGGAUCGCAUAGACUCUAUAUUACUAACACACAUUGGAGCAGAUAAUUUGCCUGGAAUAAAUGGACUUCUUCAGAGAAAGAUUGCAGAACAAGAUGAAGAGCAGUCUCAGGGUUCUACUACCUAUAGCGACUGGAUGAAGAAUCUAAUUUCUCCAGAACUUGGGGUUGUGUUUUUUAAUGUUCCUGACAAACUGAAAAUGCCUGAAUCUAACAUGAAGGUUAAAAGAAGUAUUGAAGAGGCUUGUUUGACAUUGCAGUACCUAAAUAAGCUUGGAAUUAAACCAGAACCUUUGUAUAGGGUAGUAAGCAACACUAUUGAGCCGAUAACAUUGUUCCAUAAAAUGGGAGUUGGCAGACUAGAUAUGUAUAUUCUAAACCCUGUAAAAGAUAGUAAGGAGAUGCAGUUUUUAAUGCAAAAAUGGGCUGGUAACAGCAAAGCAAAGACUGGUAUUAUAUUGGCGAAUGGAAAAGAAGGUGAAAUCUCAGUUCCGUAUCUAACGUCCAUUACAGCCCUUGUAGUUUGGUUACCAGCAAGCCCCACUGAAAAAAUUGUCCGUGUUCUCUUUCCUGGAAAUGCUCCACAAAAUAAAAUUUUAGAAGGUCUAGAAAAGUUAAAGCAUCUGGAUUUUUUGAGGUACCCAGUAGCAACACAAAAAGACAUUUCUGCUGGUAUUCCAACAACUACCAAGCACACAAAAAUCAAACAAAGGGUAGAUAGCAAGGAAAGCCUUAAAUCCACUCCACGACCAAGCACAGGGAAACCAAACAAAAGGGAGGAAAUAGCAGAACAGCUGACAAAGGAGAUUAAAACUGAACCAGCCAAGGAGACAAGGCUUGAGAAAAAAACAUUAAAGGAUUCAACAGAUAAGUCUACAGAAAAAGUUUUGAAAUUUGAAAAAGUAAAAACUGAGACAAGUGAAUCUGUAAAGGCAGAAAAGAGAAAGCUUUUAAAGGAGAAAACUGGGAAAAAAUACACAAAGGACAAAAUGUCAAAACUGGAGGAAAAAAAGGAUAAAGAGAAAAAGGAAAUUCGGAAGGAGAAAACAGAUUUAAAGAAAGACAUCUUAAAAAAAGAAGACAAAAAGGACACAAAGAAAGAGGAAAAGAAGAAAGAACUAAAGCCAGAUGUUAAAAAGAUGAUGAAACCUGAUUUAAGACCAUUUACUCCAGAAGUGAGAAAGACACUACACAAGGCAAAGCUACCAAGCAAAGGCAAAACAGAGAAAAUUAAGAGCAAACCAGAGAAAGAAACAAUAACAGCAGAACAAAAAACAAGCCAGCUGCAACAAAUACAGAAACAACAACAGUUAACUCACAUGGCAGAACAAAGAUCAGCUAUGUCAUCUCCUGAGGAUCUAACCAAAGAUUUUGAGGAACUCAAGUAUGAGGACAAACUAGAACAAAUACAGUAUGAAGAUGAUGACAAAAAUAUUUCCAAAACUGAGACCACUGAACAAAGACAUUUGGAUGUGCUGGUGGUACAAAGUCAGUUUAAAGAAGAGAUCUCUUUAAACAAAACAACAUCAGAUAAGAAGACUCCACUUGAGUCCCCUGAUGAGGGUAUAACCACGACAGAUAUGGAGGGGGAGUCACCUCAUGAAGAAAAAAUUGUAUAUCAGGCAGAUGAAACAAUGGAAAUGGUUGAUGAAGGUGCAGCAAUGGAGGAACCCACAGAAAUGACUGAAUAUGAGGAAGAGGGCAUAACAGAAAAAGUGUCGGAAACUAUUCCACCUUUUGAAAAGCCUACAUUGGGUAGAAACAGAUUAGAGUCAAUGCCAACAUUAGACAUUCAAGAUCUGGAAGAUAAGGAGAAUGAAGUGGAUGAGAAAGGAAUUUUAGAUAGAAAACAGAAAGAGGAGAUAACUGAACCUUGUGAUGAAUAUUUUGCUAGCACAAUGGCAGAAGAAGAAAAAGAAGGAGAAAAAAGUGUUGAGGUAGUAGAAAAGGCAGAAGUGGAAGAAAUGGAAGAAUAUGUUGAAGAAAUUGGAGAGGAACUGAAAUCUAAAGAUGAUGGAGAAGUGGAAUGCUUAAACGAACAGGAAGAAAACAUUCCCAUCCCCAUCGUAAAUCAGGAAACUGAUUUAGUUUCAAAGAACUAUGGAAAUAUAAUGUCUAAGGAGGCUUCAUACUUUUCUGGUGCUGUUGUAACAUCUGGCACUACAGCAGAACAGAUUUCCUACAUACAAGAUGAAACAAUGCCUGGUUAUUCUGAGACAGAGCAGACUAUUUCUGAUGAAGAAAUACAUGAUGAACAGGAAGAAAGGAUACCUCAUCUGCAAUACGAUGUGGGUAGUUAUGAUAUUUCAGUUCCUGACCAUCCUGGAUCCUUUGAAGCUGUACAUGGCAUUAAAGCCAUUUCAUCUUCUGGAAUAACAACAAAGGGCUAUAUAUUGCAAGAGCCUGAAAUUGUGGGUUACCCUACAAAUAUUGUGGCAGCACCUCUUGCAGAGGAGGAGCAUAUCUCCUCAGCCACAUCGAUAACAGAAUGUGAUAAACUUUCCUCUUUUGCUACUUCUGUUGCAGAAGAUCAGUCUGUUGCAUCUAUCACAGCACCAAAAACAGAAGAGACAGGGAAAAGCUCUUUAUUACUAGACACUGCCAACAGCAUUCCCUCUUCUCAUACUGAGGCAACUCAAGGUAUAGAGUACCUGCCAUCUGCAGGCACUAUUUCUCCAACAUCUUCUUUAGAAGAGGAUAAAUGCUUCAAAUCACCACCUUCUGAGGAUUUUCAGUCACUGAUAUCUUCAGGAAAGGACCAAAUCCGCCAUCAAUACCCUGCAGAGGAAGUAGAGGAAACCCAUCAGUUUGAUAAAACUGAAACACAGCAUUAUAGUUCGCUUCUUUUAUGUGAAGGGAAGGACUUUGACAUUUCAUACACAUAUUGCACAGACAUGAACAAAACUCCAACCCAUCUUUCUGAUGAAGCAACACAUUUUAUACAGGUAGAUUCCAGCUUUGUUGAGGGUGAAGAGAGAUGUUUAAGUCCCGAUGACAGUACUGUAAAAAUGGCAUCACCUACUCAUUCAGGUCCUACUAGCACAGGCCAUACUCCUUUUCACCAGUCUCCUGUGGAGGACAGAUAUGAAUCGACACAAGCAGAGCUAUUUAAAGCUGCUGACAAACUAUCACAUGAAACAGAAGAAAAAAUUGACUCUAAACCUGAUUAUGACAAAUCUCCAGAAAAUGGAGACCAAUACUUCAGCAAAACAGUUGCAUCAAUAAAUGAAAUUUCUGAGGCAGAAGUUAUCCUUCAAGCAAAAACCCCAUUAUUAAUGGAUGAUCUUAAGAAAGAUUAUUUGGAAAAGGACUCAAUAAUAACCAAAGAUAGUGCUAUUGCUGAAGAAGCUGAUAUACUGCAGCAACAAAAUGAGCUUUUCUCAGAAACUGCAACAUUUGGUAAGCCAGAUGAUACUGCCUACUCUGCUGGAACAUAUGCACAGUUUGAAGAACCACCAGGGAAAGGCCUUACUGACAGUUUCACCUCAGAACAUAUUAUGAUCCAGAAACAAACUGAACUGGGCCUAUUUCAUUCAGUGUCUACCAAAGAAUUGCCUAGUGAAGAUACUAAAUGUGCUUCUUAUUUGGAGCAGAGUCCUAUAAAAGAUGAAAUCACCCAAGAGAACUCCAGCCAAGAUAUUUUACUGGAAGACACAAAGUCUUUGUCUUUCACCGAACAAGGAAAAGAAGAUGAUACAUCUCUACAAAUGUCCCUGAUCGAACAAAGUCCUAUCAUAAAUGAAACAUGUCAGAUAACACCAGCAAAAGAUGAAUUUUUAGAAAAUGAAAAAUCUCUGGACUUAAUAAAACAAACAAAAGAUUACAAAUGCUCAUUUGAUGAUAUGUCACCAGGUUAUGUGGAUCCUUUGCAGUCUAUAGAAGAAACCCUGACUCAAGAUAAAACUCAUUUAGAAGACUAUGGCAAGCCAUCUCUGGACCAUGCUCAGGUUUUUUCUGCAGUAUCUGGUAUUCAGAAAGAUGUAUCACCAGAACCCCUUCCAGAAGUAUAUCCAGCAGAUGACAUGGAUUCUGAUUUUAAACAACAAAUGCAUCAAAAGGAAGACACAUUUUUGGCCCUGUCCUCUUCUAGCCCAGAUGAUUCAGAAUCUCUUUCUUUAGCUGACCAUAAAUCUCCACUAGAGACAGGAGGUAAUAGUCAUUCAUUAACACCUUCAGGAAUUGAAGAACAGUCAGCUGAAAUGGAGAAUGAUUAUAUGAAGCAGCUUACAUCUGAAAAGAGAGUUUGGUUUACAGAAGGGAAUGAAAGUGGUAGAAAAGAAAAUAAACUACGUUAUACAGAACAGGGAGAGAGUACUUUUCUCGAUGAGGCACAUGACUGGGAUGGAGAAUCGGCCUUGAGAUCUGAUUUCUCAGAUCAGUCAACUCCUGAUACAGAAGACGCAAAUAAUCUAGUAGCAGAAUACGCACAUUUCCACAAAGACACUGAACAUACCCCAGAGUCAAUGGACAUUUCUGCUAACAUUCUUAGUGAUAACUCAAAAACAUUAUGUCAAGACACAAUUCUACACACAGAAAUAGUUUAUGGUUCAGAAGAAAAAGAAAAGAAAUCCUAUGUUGACACAUCAUCACCCCCUGAACUGUGUUCUGAGAAGCUACCGACAGACAGUGAUUCUUUAUUUGAUAAAGGUUUCUAUCCAGAUAGUUCUCUUUCAAAAGUAUCAUUUGAAGGAGAAGAAAUUAAAAAAUCAACAGUUGAUGAAACACAAAGUUUUGCAGAUGAACAUAUAUACUCUUAUGAAAAACCUAUGUAUGAUAUACAAGAUCUCACCAGGGAAAUUAGUACCAGUGAUGCUGACAUACUGACAGGAAUGCAAACUGUUUCAUUUUUGGAUAAAUAUGAUGAUUCUUUAGGAGCAGAUGUGCCAAUUUCAACAAAGGAAAUAACAGUCGCCUCUUCCCCACAGGAACAAACUGAAGUUGUUUUUACUAUUGAUAAAGAAAUAAAACAUGAGCCCUAUAAAUCACCUACAAAGGAAACAGAACAAGAAUACGUUGAAACUUCCUAUGCAGAAAGUAGUUCUUUAUCUGGCUUUACUUUAGCAACACAUUUGGAUGAUGUAACGGACAACAUGUUUCUAAAACAAGACAAGAAAUCCUCUCCAAGUUCAUUAAGCUAUCCUGAAGAGACUAGUGUCAAAAAAUCUCUUAGCCCAUGUCAGCUAUACCCUCAAGAAAAGGACAUUUAUGGGUCUUCAAAAAAGAGUGCAGCAGAAGAAAGAGAACCAACACCAUACCCAGAUGACAAAACGUUUCAGUAUGCUGAUAUUUAUGAAAAAAUUGUUUCUGGAGUUAGCCACACUGAUCACAUUAUAGAAGAGGUAGAACCAUAUAGUGCUGGUUACCUAGAAAAGGAAAACAGAGCUAUAUCAGUUUUAGAUACAGGAGAUGUUCAGGCUACUAAUAAAGAAUUUCAUCAUGAAAUGUAUUCCAAAGAAGAGGAAUCACAGUUGCAGUCCUCAAAGGAAAAGGAGCUCUCAUCUCCUCUAUCUCCAAAAGAUACAGGAAGUAUCACCACAUUUGAAUACACAGAAAUGGAGAAAACUAUUUAUGUAGCUAAAGAAAAAGCUACAGAUAAAACAAAUGUGUUAGGUUUGGAAGAAAAUCAAAAUACACAGAGUGGAAUUACUUUUGAAACUCAUGGAACUGAAGCAGAAAGCGAGGUAUCAUCACAUCACAGUCAGGAUUUGUCAUCAAAACCUUUUACAGUGGAUCAUGAUUUGCAUGAGCAACCAAUGUCCUACCUUCAUGCAUUACAUCAAGAUGAUAACAUCAGUGCAGCCAAGCAAGACAGUGACAUAGAAGUAAAAAGUUUUACAGCUAAAGAUACCUAUUAUGAGAAAAGUGAGAUACAGGAAGAAAGUGCAAGUGACUCAGAAUUAGAAAAAGGUGCAAAAGAAAAAUCUGAGAAGGAAAUAACUACUGAUAUGGAUGAAAAAGAAUUACAUGAAAAUAUUAUAGAAGAAGAGAGAGUGUCUGAUUACAUAUUACAUUCCGAGCAAACACAGCAUGAUUUAAAUUCAAAUGUUCACGACCAAAGCAGCACAGUACAAAUAAGGGGUGAAGCAGCUGUAGAACAUCCCACUUUUGACAAUACAGGGUAUAAUAUCUAUGAAAAUAAACAAAACAAAGUAUUCAGUGAUAUUGAAUAUACAUAUUGCCCAUUCAGUGCACAAUUUGACUCUUCAGAUGUUACAGAUGAACGUCACCAAACAGAUCACCAAGAAUCACAAAGCUUUUCACAUUCACAUAAAGAAGAUACAUUUUUAGAAAGCUGCAGUCUUGGUCAAAAUGACGAAGCACCAAGUGCAUUAGAAAGGGAGCUUCCAGAACCAAAAUGGGAAUAUCUAUCUGAGGCAACAUUUUCAGAAAAGGAAACCUACAAUUUACCACCUUCUGCUUUAAGCGAGCAUCACUUUGAAUCAUUGCCCUACACUGGUAUCAACGCAUUAGGCACAAAUUGUAUGACUAUAUCAGAUGUAGCAACAGGGCAACAUGAUGAAUACCUACAGGUUUCUGAAAGGGCUUGUGAAAUGGACUCCUCUCAAGACAAACACUCAAUGUUAAGUUCACCUGAUCACUCACCACUAAGUCUGACUGAGGAGAAACCUUCAAUACCUAAAAUUCCUUAUGAACAAUAUUCAGAGCUAGAUGCCCAGAAAGAGGAAUCUCAAAGCAUUUCGGGAUCAUCUUCUGAAGCUAGUACACCUGUUAGAAGGGAUAUUGCUGAAGGUUUAUAUUCACAUAUGAUUAGUACUUACACUGCAGAUACCGAAGCAACUGUUAGAAGUCUGUGGGAUGUAUCACCUCUGGUUCCUGCUGAUUCCACCAAGCCCUGUUUGGCAGAAGAAAAGGAUUCAGCUGGAGAUCAUAAUUCUGCUUGUUCCUAUGAUACGGAUGAUAAUACAUUGCCAUGCAGAAUAGAGUGCAAGAGACCAACUUGCAUGAUGAUGUCCAUUAUGAAUGAGCAAAUGAGCAGUGGUGAAACAACUUCAGCAACAAUGCAAUCAUAUUCUAGUCUGGUGCCAUCAUGUCAAAAGGAAGAAACAUCCACAGCAAAUGGUCCCACAGAAGUUAAUAACAGCCAAGAGUUUUUUCAAAACAUCCAAUAUAAAGAAGGUGAAUGUUUUUCAGCAGCAGUAAAAACCUCACCUGAUUCUGACAGAGAUUCAUCUCCAUGCUCUGAGGAGGAUACAGAGAAACCAAACCGACCUUCUUCUCUUAUGUCCCCUGUACAUACAUUAGAGUCUUACUCUUACACACAAAGUCCUGAGAGAACAGAAGACCACGGUGAUGCCUCUCAUGAGUUUGAGCCUCGGUUAGGAUCAUCAAGUGAAUAUGAGCGCAUGUUGUCAUCAUCUGAAUAUCUACACAGAAAAGGCGAACUUUCUCCUUCAUUCAUCAACCCAAGUCCUCUUGACUUAUCAGAUGACAGUGAUCUCUCACAAGAUGAAGGUCAUCCUUCUGUUAAAGGUAGGACACACCAUGCAAAUGCAAAUACAUGCCAUGUUCAAGGCACAACAGCUGAGGAAACACCACCUACAUCUGUUAGUGACUCAGGAACCUCUCAAUCUGAUUCUGAUGUUCCACCAGAAACUGAAGAGUGUCCCUCCAUAACUGCUGAUGCUGCAAUGGAUUCAGAUGAAGAUGCUGAUUUUCUUCCUGUGGAUAAAGCAAUGGGGAAUUCACACCACAGCAAUACAAGGCAAGGUCAUGAUCCUCAUCCUGCUCCAAUGAUGGACCCUCAGCCUCACCCUCCUCACCCUGAUGUUUGCAUGGUAGAUCCAGAUGCUUUAGUUAAUGAAUUAAAUUUCAGUAAAGGGGACAAGGUGCUCAAAAAAGAUCUAAAAGAGAAAAACAAAGGAGUCAGAAAACCAUUAACAAAAGUCAAAUCAACUUCUCCUGCUAGGAAAGCAGACUCUAAGUAUUCCUCAACACUCUCUAAACAAACAUCCAGGGACUCAGCUGAUAAAUCUCACAAAACUACAGCUAUAAGGAAAGAUAAGGAAUCUGCUGAAAAACUGCAGAAACCAAGAAGCCCGAUGCAGACACAGUUCUCUAGAGGGGAAGAAAAAGACGAAGUGUCUAAAGGCAGUUACAGUAAUACUAGCAAGAUGGUUAAUGGCAUCAAGUCAUCUACAGGUCUCAGCGGCUCCAAAGCAAGUUCCACAGUUCCACCUGGGCCACCAGUCUAUGUUGACUUGGCAUAUAUUCCUAAUCACUGUAAUGAGAAGAAUACGGAUUUGGAGUUCUUUAAGAGAGUUCGUUCUGCAUAUUAUGUUGUAAGCGGUAAUGAUCCAGGUAACGGAGAGCCAAAUCGAGCUGUGUUAGAUGCACUUCUGGAAGGAAAGUCACAGUGGGGAGAGAACCUUCAGGUGACUCUGAUACCAACGCAUGAUACAGAGGUGACCCGGGAAUGGUACCAACAAACUCACGAGAAACAGCAAGAGCUUAAUAUUAUGGUCCUGGCAAGCAGUAGCACUGUAGUGAUGCAAGAUGAAUCUUUCCCAGCAUGCAAGAUUGAGUUCUAAGCUUGCUGCGUCCAUCACGUCUAGGUUUGUGUCCAUGGGCCGCUCAGACCCCUGCUAGAACUGGACUUUAAGCAUACGGCCUGCAUUGUUCCUUUUACACUCACAUCUGUGUUGGCUGUUUGGAGAAGACAGGCGUCCUUACUUACUUACAUGUGCUUAUGCUGGAAUUUCAGAGCAUCUGAAUUGUGUUAAACUUACACAAUUCAUUUUGCAUUGUUUUUAAAGGGUUUUUUUUUGGUAGCUGUUAAUAUUUAAAGGCAGCACAUCUAAGUUUCAGUGUCUUAUGCCCUGCGCUAUUCUGCAGGAAAAUAACACUUUACUGUGGCAUAGGUUAAAUGUAAAAUAUAUUUGUGUAUUGUUCAUCAAAUACAAAACAGUAGGCUGCAUAUAGCUGGGUCUUUCCUGGCCAGACACAAUGCUUAGAUAGGAAAAUGGGUACCAUGUUUUCUCUCAUGGUUAGUGUGCUUUGAUAUAGAUCACCAGGUAGGUUACUGGUGCUGUAAAUAUAUAGCUUACAUUUUUAACCUGCUAAUGUAAACUUGAACUUGUAGAUCACAGAACGCCGAAAAUGCUUAAAACACUUUGAAUGUCUGUAGAGUGAUAGCAAAAUACCAAUACAGGUGAGAUCCCUCCCCCCAUACAGCCUUCUUUUUCUGCAACAAACCAAAUGAGCGUGUGAAAGAAGGACAUGUCUGCUUAGUAGAGAAACUUUUUUGUGGAGCUUUGAUGUGACGCUUAUGAAUUCCUACUGUAGGAUUUUAACAAGAAUGUAUCGUGUGUGAGACUGCUUGCAGCUUUACCUACUGCGUUACCCCACAUCUGUAUGUCUGUCCUGCAUUAGGUGUCCAGUCAGAGCAGUGAAACAGAGCCACGUUUCUCUGAAGCAGGGUGUAGGCAGCUUGGGGAAGUGCAUGAAGAUCUUUUGGGACCAGGCAACCUGAAUAGGCACACAUUCCUCUCUAGGAGAUCACUGAGAAUGUGACACUAUAACCGACACUCAUCCACUGGGCACAGAAGCAUAGCAUUUAUAUGCUUAAUAUCAUUAACUGGUAGGUGUGUUUAGCCUUGACUAAUGUGGUUAUGUGAUGUGACACAUUCAGGUAGCGUGGGUAUAGGCAUGGGUGGAACCUGUGAGUUGGGAACAUAUGGACAACUGUACACAAUGAAUAACAAUAAUGGCUAGUAAAUGCCUAUAGCAAAACUCACCUUGGAUAUGCACAAAGAACUCCUUUUGCUCAAUGACUCCAGAUUUCAAACAGCACUUGUAUCAUAUCUUAUAUUUGAUAAUAUGAGGAAUCAGAAUAGAACUGUUAUAAACCCAUUCACAAUGGGGGACGUUAACUUAGCAACAACAUUUGUACUGUUUAUCUAAAGAUCACAUCCAUGUGUUCAUGCCAUGGUAUACUAUCUACAGGAAAUAACACAUAAUACUGAAAGGCAAUGACCUGGCAUUGUUAUAAUUGGGAAGAUGAGCAUAUUAGAUAUGGCUCCACAGAUAUUAGUUAAGUAGUCCCAGCAACUAAGAACCUUAGAGAUCAGUCUGUUGAGCAGUAAUAUUCAGCAGCAGCUCAUACCACUUUACGUUGUGCCCAUGGAGCAGGACAACACCAGUAUUGGCAAAGCAACAAAUGCCUCUUGCACUCCAUCUUCACCUUUGUUGUUUUUUAACUUUCUGAUGUUGUUUGUUUUGAAACCCUGUUUAACAAAUAGAUCAUAUUAAUGACUUGUGGGCGGCCCUUUGUUGUAAAGAGGGCUGCAACAAUCUGAAUACCAAGAAGCAGAAUGCAGGAGGUCCAAGCUUUUGUUUUCCCAGUAUCAAACACCAAGGUUGGAUAGGCCUAAUGUAGGUUAACAUAGGCUAAUGUUGUGCAUGUUACGCCAGAGAUUUCUUUGUUUACCUGACAAUUAAAGCUGCUACACACAGACAUAACCAACUUUUAUUUUUUUUAACAUAGUUAUUCUUUAAUGCUGUAAGGACACAAACAUCCUUACACAAUUACAAAUCUGCUUGACUGCAGAGCGAGAUGUUUAUAUAUCAGUUGUGUAUUUUGCUAUCUAAUUUAUAUAUUUAUUUAUUGUUGAAAGGCUUAGCUACUUUCAGAGGCCUUACAAUAAGCAGUGUUAUAUAUAUCGUAGUUCCUUUUCAUUUUCAUAAUGAUGCGUGUUAUAGAGUUAACAAAUGAAUUGCUAUACUAAUCCUGAAAAAGAACAGGUACCACUUAGCCGAAAUGCAGCCAAGACAGAUCCACUAGCCGAAUUCCUGCUGGUCUCGUAGAAAACAGAUUUUCUACAUGGUGUUUAGGCCUUUAAAACCCCACUUGACAGACAUCAAAAAAAGGAAAAUAAUGGUGUUUUGUGGGAUCUGUAUUGUGUCUGUGAUGAGUUGGAAUCUGUCAGAGCACAGAUCUACCUGCCACAAAACAAGUAGGGGUUGAUCAUCUUCCAGUUUUGCACUAGGGUAUCUGAAAAUUUGUGAAAGGCCCUUGCAGUUUUGCACACAGAAAUACAAUUAUUUUCCAAAUCCUUUAAAGUGAUUCAGUUCCUGUUUCAAAACCGUGUAAGUUUUUGAGGAACUAAAGUGACAUUUAGGGGCUGAUAUAUUAUUAAUGAAGGGUUGGGAUUGGGUAAAACGAGUACAUUUUUUGCCUGAUCCUGACCCAGUAAUAAUAAUCAUCCCCCAAUUGUCAUAUGUGAAGUAUAUUUUGUGUUAAUAUUUAGCCAACAGAACAAAUAGGAAAAUAUUGGCAGCAAAACAACCUUAGGCACUGCCCAUUCCAAGCCUAAAUACUCAAGAAGAAGUGCCUAUAAAGUGUUUUUAUUGGGUGUCCAGACACAAGUAAACAAUGCUGUGUCCCUUUUUAUCCAAUACCAAAUGCAGAGGGUGGUAUAUGAGGUCUACUGAAAUAUUAAGAUAAAAACAGGGGCAUGAAAAAGAGCUGUAAUUUUGUUUACGGAUGUUGAGUGUUGGUAAGUGAUUGCUUAAUGAUGUACACUGUAGUUUUCAGUUAACAAGUGAAUGUCUAUGUGUUGCACAUUUAUUUACCCUCCCCCAGAGCCUCCCAAAUGUCAAGUGAUACAUUUAAGAGAAUUGCACAUUAUAUAAGGUCUGCCUUGUGUUAAUGUACUGGAAUUAUAUGUUCAAAUUUGUGUUAAUGCAGCUAAUUUGAAAGCAACGAUGCACGAGUGACCUGCCCCUGUAAGUUAUGUUCCAAUGAAUUGCUAUUUGUGUGGUUUUCCUCCAUGUUUGAUUUUCAGGCCCCGCCUAGUUGCUGCAAUGCUUGUGGCCCAAAGCCAGUUAUAUAUGUGCCUGCAUAGUGCACCCUAAAGAGAGUGGCCCAGCUGGAGGCUGCCAGUGCACAUCCAUGUCCUGUGUAAAAGGCCAUAAUGAAUGGCUUGGCAUAGGAAUAGCUAAUGCACUAAAAUGAAAUCAGCUAUGAAUGUUUUUAUUACUCUUUUAACUUGAAUGGUGAAACGAAGGCAACAAAAAAAAAAUACUCAAUGACCAAGGUCACUCUGACCAAAAUCCUGACUUGAACAUGACACAGCUGAAUGGAAAUACGAAGUACGGUAAAGACGAUGUUCUGCAGAAGAAUGUAUACACACACUGACACUCUGUAUAUUAUAUCUGUGCAUUACUUUCUAAUUUCAGUUCCCUUCCUAACAAAAUCUUGGCCGUUUGAAAUAAAAUGAUAAUAAAAGGCAAGAUUUGACCAAAUAGUUUCUGAUUGCUGCCUUCUGCUUUGUUCUAGUCCUAUUGUAGAGCUAAAUGGACACUCUGUUUGGCUGGUACUCCUUGCCUCUGCCUUGCAGUACCCGGGAGAAUACAGACACUGUAGAAUUUGCAGCAUGAUAAUGUGAUCUUUGUCAUUUCCAAGGCCUCCAGUCCUGGCAGGCUUUACCCACUCCCGGACAUAUCACAAAACACAACACAGAUUUUCAGUACACCCAUGGCUACCAUAGAACAUAGCAUUUAGGUAAUAGAGAAAUAUAGGAAACAUUUAAAAAAAAAAAAUAUCAGCUGUUGCUUGUUUCUGCAUGUGGACUAAAAUGAGUUAUACUCAUGUAUGUAAUACUUAGAAGAAACUAACAAAAAAUACUUAUUUUACAAAAAAAAUAUAUAAGAAAGUGAAAAUGUCUUAAUUGUAUUGAAAAUUUUCAAACUGUACUCCUAAUGGCUUCUUUCUAUGCUGGAUGUUGUAUAAACAGAACCCUUACUUUCUCAUUCUGUCCCUCAGAUGAACAACCCGCAGUCGUCCAACUGAACUACUCCUCUCAGGGACAGGCAGGGGCAUGCUGGGAUUUGUAGUUCAGAGGGUCGGGCGCCCCUUUCUUUUUCUGAUUCUGUUCUGCAGCUUUCAUAACAACCUUUGUCGUCCUUUGUCGUUCCUUUCUUUUUCUGUUUUACUUUAAACAAUCCCCUUUCUAUGUGUGCAAUAUUCUGUACUUCUGAAUUACUGUAAAUGGAAUCCGCCUGAAACACUUACAAUAAAAUGACAUUAAUAGAUCAAAUUGA